UAUUUGCAUAUCUAAAGGACUAGCUGUCGAAUAAACAAAAAGCAAUCUUUCCAUAGUGCUUUCACCACUUUCUUUGUGGUUUGCACUUGUGAGAACUUUCCGGUUCUCAUAAAAGCUCGCAGGCUGAGACUCAUUAUGCAUAAUUGAAGAUAUGGAAGCUCCAAUGAAGCACAUUAGUGUUCUGGUCAUUUUUGCAAUUUUGGCCAUUUCAGGUUUCCAGACUGUCUAUGGGGCGGGUGAAUGUGGCAAGUCUUCAACACCCGAUAGGGAGGCUUUUAAGCUGGCCCCUUGCAUGUCUGCGGCACAGGAUGAGACCGCACCUGUGUCAAGAAACUGCUGUGCUCAGGUGAAGAGAAUAGGGCGGAACCCAAGCUGCCUAUGCGCUGCCAUGCUGUCAAACACUGCGAAAAUUGCAGGAAUUAAGCCUGAAGUUGCCGUCACCAUUCCAAAACGCUGCAACCUUUCUGAUCGCCCCGCUGGGUACAAGUGUGGAGGUUACACAGUGCCAUAAUGGUCAUGGCCGAUCACCAGUUUGCUGCAGUUUGGAUCGCUCUGUUGUGUUAUUUAUUUAACUUCAAUAAUGUGCAUGCCGUUAACAUGUAACGGUAAUGAUAUGAUGAAAUGUACUCGCUAGAGCCGACAAUGGCGGACUAUGUUUAUGCCC